GUUUCUAGGUUCUAAUUUUGUUCUUCUUACUUUGCCCUCUCGAAUUUAGUCCUAAUUUUGUAAAUUUUUCGACCGCAUCGAAUUUCUAGGGUUUCGUAGAGUUCGUCUUGUCAGAGGUUCUUUUUGUGUAAAUUAUCAUAGGGGUUUUGUUCCGGUCACCUCCAUAUGGCUAUUUCGUAUGUGUUUGGUCAAUAAUUUAUCGGUUUCGCUCUUGAAUUGAAAAUCUAGGGUUAGGGUUUCUGACAAAAAUUCAGCUCCUUUAUUUGGUCAAAUUGGAUUAGGGAUACGAUUCCUAAGACCGAUACUUCGGCUUUUGUUGAUAGUUGAGCGUUCAAUUGUAUUACGCAAGCCGUCUGCCUUUCCUUUUGUUCUUCCAGUCAUACUCACCUGAGUUUUGAAUCUGAAGAAUUUGUUGAGGUUAAUAUGGGAUUCAAAAGGCCCUUUGAUGAUGUGGAUUUCCAGGAGCUUCCUUUUAAGCACCCGAGACAGCUUGAAUUCAGUGAUAAGCUUGCUCCAUUUUCAGAUGCUGUUUCUUGUUAUGGUGCACCACGAAAAACCUAUGUUUCAGGUGAGGAUGGGAAUGUGGUUGGUAAAUCUCAAUGGCUCGAGGUGCUUGAAAAAUAUACCGUUAAUGAAAAUUCAACACCUGCCAACAAGGUUAUUGGUACUCCCUUCUCAUUGACCACCAGGAGUUGUCGUGAAGAAGAAGUUGGUCCCGGACCAGAUGCUUAUUUGCCUCCUGCAGGGGAUUUCGAAUUUGACUUCCCCAGGAGAACAUUUUUUCCUUUCAAAGAUGUUUCUUCUUCUUUGGCGGAUCGCUCUCCAAGAAAACCAGUUCCUGUUGGACCAGAUCAUCAGGCCCGUAUCCCGACAUGGACUGGACGCGUUAAAUGUUUGGAUCAGACAGAUGAGAGUAAUCUGAACCGCGUUUCCUUGCAUUCCUUGGAAUCAGAAAAGGUUGUUAAUAAUGCCAGUGAGGAAAAGCUUUUAGGGACUUCUGUCAUUCCAAUGCCUGACUCAAACCUGUCAGCACUUAAGUGUGAUAAGGUUGGACUUGGUAGAACAGAUUGUAGCUGCCUGGACCCAGGGACAGUCAGGUGUGUGCAAAAGCAUGUCAUGGACGCACGGGAAGAGCUUAGAAGAACCCUUGGAAAUGAAAAGUUUGUGAAGCUGGGGUUUUAUGACAUGGGGGAGGAAGUGGCACGAAGGUGGAGUGAAGAAGAAGAGGAGACCUUCCUUGAGGUUGUUUACUCCAAUCCUGCAUCAGUGGGGAGGAAUUUCUGGAAGCAGUUGUCUGUAGUGUUCCCUUCUCGAAGUAAAAGGGAACUGGUCAGCUAUUAUUUUAAUGUGUUCAUGCUUCGCAGGCGAGCUGUUCAGAACAGAUCUAAUAUACUAGAAAUAGAUAGUGAUGAUGAUGAGUGGCAUGGAGAUAAUGGAGGUUCCAUUGACAGGAGAGUUGCUGAAUAUGAUGAAGACUAUGUUAUUGAGUCUCGUGUUUAUCAAGAUGAUCAUGUAGGCCAUGAAGAGGAUUACUCUGAUGAAGAUGAUAGUGAUGAUGAUGAUGUUGACGAUGACGGCAGUGAUGGUGAUGGUGAUGGGGGACAUGUUAAAAGAGAUUCCAGCGAAGAAGAUGGUGGGAUAGAUAAUAUGGAAUCAUACAUGCUCAAGUCAGUUGAUGAUGGCAAAUUUGACAUUGUAAGUCAGCAUGGGGAAAAAACUUCAGGGUGUACCAGGGAGGAAUUUGAUUUCCAAGAUGACUCAUGCGUGUCUUUUGAGUUUCAGUCCAAUAUGCAUGAGUCUUGUGAUCGAAUUGAUGCUGGGGCUGCAGGAUCUGCUUUACAAGUCACUGGAUUUAGGAACGAUCGUAGCAAAUGCUUGCAUGGCCAACCUGAUGCAUCAAGUGAUGUAGUGGGUCAUGCGUAUUUGUUGGAGCCUUGUGAUGCUAAAGUCUGGGAUGCCAGGUUCCCAUUAGAUGCCAUGAAAGGUGUUGAUGUACUACCCACAUGGAGUAUGAUUGAAGAGAUUUUUGAUGAAGGCAUGGGGGAUUACAAGACGAGGGAUGGACAGAAGGGGCCAGCUAGUGGCUAGUGGCUAGUGGCCAGUGACGGAUAAUUCUUUUAACCCCUUAAGAUGUAAAUUCAGUACAGCCCUUGUGAGGGCUAAGUUUUGAGGUUGGCAGCUAAGUUUCCAUGCAAGGCAACUUUUUCUUUGAAGCACAGGCAAUUUUGAUAUCCUGUGUUUCUUUUGUACAAAAAUCCAUGGAAUCUAAUAUUCAUGUGUAUGUAAAGUUUUCUCAAAUGGAAUAUUCUUCUCAUUUGUUUUUUGUGCACCUCCUACCUCUUUA